CGCCAUCUACAUUAAUCACAACACAACCGCUUAUCAACAAGUAACAAAAACAUUCUCGAAUUGUUCAUCGAAGUAGAACCACCAAGUUUGUGAAGAUUCUAGAAUAAAUAGACAAGAAAAUGACCCGUGAUUUGUUCAGUCCUUUCGGAGAUGAGGUGGUUUUGCGCUCGAUAGACUGGCUGGAAAAUUUUCCAUGGAGACAGGAAAAUUUAGCCACCAAAAAGGAUUCUUAUGAGGUUCACUUCAACGUGAAAGGGUUUGCCCCAGAAGAAAUAUCUGUGAAGACUGCUGACGGAUACAUUGUACUGGAGGCCUUUCAUGAUGAGAAGAAAGAUGAAUUUGGAUAUAUUUCCAGAAAGUUAAUCAGAAGAUACCCUUUGCCAGAUGAUUGUGUGAAGGAAGAUGUGCUGUGCAAGCUGUCUUCUGAUGGGAUUCUGACUGUGAAGGCGCCUCGGAAGCUGGUGAAGAAUAAUACAGUGAUACCGGUGACACAUGAGGGUGCAGUCAAGGCGAAAUUAUAGUGGUCGUCUUCAAAUGUUGUUAGUAAUGUGGUGAAGUUAGCUAGGUACUUGAAAUCGAUUUGUUUUGGACUAUGGACUCGAUGCGUAAACGUUACAAUAUUGAUAAAUAUCGUGAUCGGAUCGUAACAGGUGCUAUUUUGCAUUAAAAUAAAGUGUAAGGCUGAUGUGCCGUCGACUGUUUGAUAAAGUUGUAAUUAUUUUUUUUAUUAUAAAGAUUUAAAUUAAUGAUUAUUUUAAGCGA